UAUUGCGUCGCGCGGGGGCAUCGGCGCGGGCGCAAAGCCGCAAGCAAGCGAACCCUCCCUUGCCUUCCUUCCUCGCCGUUUUAUUCGGCGGCUCGGCUGGUCCCGUAGCGCGAGACAAGGCGGCCUCGUGGUUCACGUGCGCGCGGGCUUGGGGUGCGUUGUGCUCGGGUUGGUUUGGUUUGGUGGCAGCGCGGGAGAUGAAGAGCGGCGGCGGCGGAGGCGGUGGAGGAGGAGGAGGAGGAGGGGGCAGGCAGCAGUGGCCGUGCGACUACUGCGGGGAGGCGGCGGCGGCGCUGCACUGCCGCGCGGACGCCGCGCGGCUCUGCGUGGCGUGCGACCGCCACGUGCACGCCGCCAACGCGCUGUCGCGGAAGCACGUGCGGGCGCCGCUCUGCGCGGGCUGCGCGGGGCGCCCGGCCGCCGCGCGCGUCGCCGCCCCAGCCACCGCGGCAGCCUGGGGCGAGGCGGCGUUCCUCUGCGCGGACUGCUGCGAGGGCGCCGACUGCGACGGCGGCGCGGCGGCGCGCGUGGCCGUCGAGGGGUUCUCCGGCUGCCCCUCGGCGGCCGAGCUCGCCGCGUCGUGGGGGCUCGACCUCCGCGGCGGCGGAUGCGGCGGCGAUGGCGAGGAAGAGGCGGAGGACGACGCCUUCUUCUCGGUGCUCGACUACUCCAUGCUGGGGGCUGACCCGGAGCUGCGCGACCUCUACGUGCCGUGCGACCCGCCGGAGGGGGCCGCCCACGCGGGUGGCGCCAGGCGGCUUAAGGGGGAGGCGCUGUGCGACCAGCUCGCGGAGAUGGCGCGCCGCGAGGCCGACACCUCGCACCCGCACCAGCCGCACUCGGAUCUGAGCCCCCGCACGCCGCGCCGGAACUCCGCGGCCUCAAGCGGACGCCUGCCAGGCAAGAUGGCACCCCCCGCGCCGCCGCCUCAUCAUCCGCCUGCGGCGGUUCAGGAGGUGCCGUUGCCGUACACGUCAUUGCUCAUGAUGGCAUCGGCGAACUGCACCGAGCUCAUUGGCGGACACGACCGGAUGGCUGAUGACGACGAGCAACUGCUAUGGGAUUGCGCACCGCCCUCAGUGCCGCCCACACAGAUAUGGGACUUCAAUUUAGGAAGGUCAAGGGAUCACGAUGAGAAGUCUUCUAUUGAAGUUGGAUUUGGUUCGAACCAUGGAGGCUUUAUGAUUAAGAGUUAUAGUGACAUGCUUAAGGAAAUUUCUUCGGGGACAACGAAGGAUCUGGAAGAUAUUUAUGACUCAAGAUACUGCUCAACUGCUGAAGAUAUCAUGUCCUCUAAUAUCUGUCAGGUGUCAUCGAAAAAUGUGAGUACUGGGAGCAACAAAAGGAAGGUGAGCCCCAGCACCUCGACGAUGGAUGGACCGACAACCUCUGGGAACCAUGUGCCCACUUCAGGACCAGCUCUCACAAGGGAAAUCUCCUUUGGGGAUCAAACCGUCUCUCCCGCAGGAGCUGAGAGGCCUGCUGCCAUGAGGAUCGACAGCGAGACGCUUGCUCAAAACAGGGACAGCGCGAUGCAGCGGUACAGGGAGAAGAGGAAGAAUCGCAGGUAUGAGAAGCACAUCCGGUACGAGUCGAGGAAGCUGAGGGCGGACACGCGGAAGCGGGUGAAAGGGCGGUUCGUCAAGUCGACCGAGGCACUGAACGCCGGCAAUGGCGGAUGAUCCAUGGGCCUGUGAAGAUCGAGCUCGCUGCGUUGCGUGUGGUAAGGUAGUGCUAUCCGAAGGUGGUACGGCGCGCUACACCUAUGCACGAUGCUAUCGUUGAAUCGCUGCGCAGUGUUGGGCCAAAUUUUUGCGUUGAAGCAAUCGUUGUCAUUGGUCAGUCAACGCCAGAGGUUGCAUCGCACGGUGUGCUCGUAAGUUGUAAGGAACGACAACCCCUUUUUGCUGUUGCCAUCAGAACAGAAAUAGGUAGCUUACGGUACUUGUUUACCAUGUGGUUUCACUGCGAGCGCAGUGGAGUGUUUUAUAUCCGUUUAUUUUUUUACCAUCUUGAUGAAUCCUUCAUUGUGUGUUGACCAUAUUUUA